AUGGGAAGUGGGAGGGUUCCUCACCCUCCUGUCUUCUUGCCCCUCCAGUACAAGGAAUUAGCCAACUACAAUGACAGCACAGAGACACCCCUGGUGGAAUAUCAUCUCUGCUCCACAGUUGAGGGGGCCCUGCUGACCUCCUUCAAGGCUGUGUUCAUGCCCGUGGCCUACAGCCUCAUCUUCUUCCUGGGUAUGCUGGGCAACAUCUUGGUGCUGGUGAUCCUGGAACGGCACCGGCAGACUCGCAGCUCCACCGAGACCUUCCUGUUCCACCUGGCGGUGGCCGACCUCCUGCUAGUCUUCAUCCUACCCUUCGCUGUGGCCCAGGGCCCUCUGGGCUGGGUCCUGGGGACUUUCCUCUGCAAAAUUGUGAUUGCUCUGCACAAGAUCAACUUCUACUGCAGCAGCCUGCUCCUGGCCUGUAUCGCCGUGGACCGCUACCUGGCCAUUGUCCACGCCGUGCAUGCCUACCGCCACCGCCGCCUCCUCUCCAUCCACAUCACCUGCGCGACCAUCUGGCUGGCCGGCUUCCUUUUUGCCCUGCCAGAGAUCCUCUUUGCCAAGGUCAGCCAGCCCCAUCUCAAUGACUCCCUGCCGCGCUGCACCUUCUCCCAAGAGAACGAGGCCGAAACCAAGGCCUUGUUGGCCUCCCGCUUCCUCUACCACAUCGGGGGGUUCCUGCUGCCGAUGCUGGUGAUGGGCUGGUGCUACGUGGGGGUGGUGCACCGGCUGUGCCAGGCCCAGCGCCGCCCUCAGCGGCAGAAGGCGGUCAGGGUGGCCAUCCUGGUGACGAGCAUCUUCUUUCUCUGCUGGCUACCCUAUCACAUCGUCAUCUUCCUGGACACCCUGGCGAGGCUGAAGGCUGUGGGCAACACCUGCGAGCUGAAUGGCUACCUCCCCGCGGCCAUCACUGUGUGCGAGUUCCUGGGCCUGGCCCACUGCUGCCUGAACCCCAUGCUCUACACCUUUGCCGGUGUGAAGUUCCGCAGCGACCUGUCUAGGCUUCUGACCAAGCUGGGCUGUGCCGGCCCGGCCUCCUUGUGCCAGCUCUUCCCCAGCUGGCGCAAGAGCAGUCUCUCCGAGUCAGAGAACGCCACCUCCCUCACCACCUUCUAGGUCACAGCGCCCCCUGUGUUUCUGCAGUGACACUGGAACCCCUUCCUACGGGAGUCUGGAUGGCUGCUGAGAGGUCACCUUGGCAGUGUCCUCACAGGGGCAGCUAGAUGAGAAAGCCCUUCUUGCCAGACCAUCCCUGCCAGCUCCUCUGCUGACCCUGGGGCUAGGCUGGAGCCCAGGCGGGAGAAGCAGCACAGAGACCAUGCAAAGGGUGUCUGCAUCCUAUGGGCUGAGAGGACCCCUCACGCCUUCUCUCAUCCUAACUAUCCAAGGCUCAGGAAAACAACUCACUCCUGCCCCUCUCAACAGGGAAAGGCACAUCCCUCCCAGCAUGCACUCUGCCAUCAUAAGCAUGGCCUCCCACCUCUCCUCCCACUCCACCUGCUGAAUGAAGCCAGGACAAGCUAAGCGCCAAGGCACGAGUGGAGGUUAAGGCUGAGGAAAGCCAGCUGUGGCUGUCAGCUGUCUGGCCUUCGCACAUCUCAGUCCCUAAAAUCCUGGCCUGCCAGGCCCCCAACUCUGAAGCUAUUUGACUGAGCAGGGAGCUCAGAACAGACGGGUGUUCAGGUAGCCCUGCCGGAAGCAGCUCUGGGUCGCCCCCUGUCGUCAGGAGGUCUGCAGACCGAGGACAGAGGGCAGGCAGAGUCCUAAGGAAGGGCUAAUGCCCAGCCAGUGCUGAGCCCACAGAAGAGGAGCCCAACAGAGGAAAAAACGCUACUUCCCCAGCCCCAGAGACAGUCAAAUAUAAAUCAAACCCAGUGCUGCCCAGGUUCGAGAUGGAGAUGGGACAGAGUUCUCAGGGUGGACAGCAGAGUACGGGGAUCUUGUCGGUUUGGAGCACUGACAGUGAAGGAGGUGGAUUCAUCCCCUCACUGCCCACCUCCCCAUAAGCUCCAGGGCUGUGGAAGCGUAGAGAAAGGGUACUUAGCCAAGAGUCAGAAUGGAGAUGUAGCACCCCCUUUUCCCCCAGGAGUAAGACAGACUAACAGAGCCCUCUGGGAGUCGCUCCCCCUGCUACCACCACCCAGGCAGGGCAGAGUGAGCAGCAGUCCUGGCAGGGAAGUCCCCAGACCCCAGGAAGCCCAGCCUUGCCCCUGAGAGCAGACACUCAGAUGGAACCAGAGGAAACUUCUCCAUGCUCAGGGCUGGCUUGGGCGGAGGCAGGAGGUGCUGUCAGGCAGUCUGGGCUCUCCCUCCUUCACACCAGCCUCUGAUCUGGGGGUGGGGAGUCAAGUCCCCUCCACGUGUCCAGAGCUCAUCAGGGUUGCUCGGUCUCACUCCAACCCACAAGCUUCUCUAGGGGUCCCCACUGGGGAAACCACGGCUGUGGACCAGGGGUAUCCUUGAAGUGGAACAUUGAGGAAGCUCCUGGGACCCCUUUUUUUUGUCUCCCAGUAUCCUAUAGCUGGGCAGUGGGGGCAUCAGACGUAAAAGCAAAAAAGGCAAGAGGAUGAAUUUUACGUUUUUUCUUUUUAAGAAAAAGGCACCUAUAAAACAGGUCAAUACAGUACAGGCAGCACAGAGACCCCCGGAACAAGCCUAAAAAUUGUUUCAAAAUAAAAACCAAGAAGAUGUUUACACA